AUGGUAAUGUUCGUUCAUAUGUAUAUGAAGAAAAAACAGGAAAAGAUAACAAAACAUUGUGCUAUUUCAUUAUGUCUAUCGUAUAUAUUGCCUACUAUUCGCAAAUACUGGUUUCUUAUCGGAUUGGGUUGUGUUAUCGGCCUGGCAUAUGCAUUUCCAAAUGUCGGCAAGACCGGUGGCUAUAUUCGUUCUGAAUGGUCCGUCAAAUGGGGAUGUGUCAUACUAAUUUUCUUUUUUAGUGGUUUGUCUCUUCGAACAAAACUACUUGCUAAAGAAUUUCUUCAUAUACGCCUUCAUGCCGUCAUUCAGAUCUAUAGUCUAUUGAUCAUUCCAUUUACAAUUUAUGGUUUAGGAUUGUUGCUAACAAGAUUGCCGAUCAACAAAACAUUAGUUGCCGGCAUUGUUAUAAUGUCCUGUACACCUACAACUAUUUCCAGCAACGUUGUUAUGACUAAAACUGCGAUGGGUAAUGAAUAUUCAGCACUACUAAAUGCAGCACUUGGCAAUGUUUUGGGUAUAUUUAUAUCACCGGCUCUUGUCUUUUAUUUUAUGAGUAAUCCUACUAUUAAUUCUUUGCCAAGCAGUUCUAGCGGUGCUGAGAGUAGUCGACUAGACUAUGGAAAUGUUAUGAAAAACUUGGGUUUGACUGUGCUUCUACCUUUAUUUGUCGGACAAGUCAUUCAUUUCUUAUGGACAAAACAGGUUGCAUAUGUACGAGAAAAAUUUUACUUUUCCGAACUAAAUAGUCUAGCUCUGUUAGCACUAGUGUGGUCGGUAUUUUGUACAGCUGUUGCCACAGGAUCAUUUCAAACAAUACACGGAAAGGAUCUUGGCGCCUUGAUUAUUAUUGAUGCCGGAAUAUAUAUUGGUUUUUCACUAUUAAUCAUGAUCACUGCCAGAAUACCCAUUCGACAUUGGCAGUUCUCACAAGAAGAUACAGUAGCAAUCAUGUUUUGUGGUGCCACCAAAACUGUAGCCAUGGGAGUGCCAUUAAUAAACAUUCUCUACACUGGUGGAGAUCAAGAAGUAAUUGGUUUACUUUCGUUACCAUUGAUCAUGUACCAUGUUGAACAAUUGAUUUUGGGUGCCGUUGAAGUAUUGUUGCUGAAAAAAUGGGUGACAACUGGAAUCAAGAAAAAUUCAACAACGCUGAACGAUAACAAGGUGAAGCCCAAGAUGUGCCAGCUUACAACCAUAAGUGUGAGAUCUUGA